AUGUGUGACGAGUGCGUGGAUGAGAAAGAAGCGGCGAAAGCAUGUGUGGAUUGUGGCCUGGUGUACUGCGUGUUGCACGCCCAGUCGCACACAGCCAGCCGAGGCACGCACAGUCAUACCCUAACUGACGUCAAAAAGUCAGGUGCUACCAGCAAGAAGAUCAGCAGUAGAUUAGUAUUGCAAUGCAGCGCUUGUCCUCUGCAUGGAGCUAUCCAGCUGGACUUGUACUGUGAGGAAUGUGCUGAGCUGUUCUGCAAGCAAUGCUUGAAGCAAGGUGCACAUCUGCAACACCAGGACAAGAUCAUUUCAGCCAGUGAAGCAGCCAGGAAGCUACGUCAGGAGAUCAAGUCCUCACGCACACUGAAUGCUGAUGCUGAAGAUGCUGCUAGCAGUGCUUGCGAUGCCACCAUAUUGGAGGAAAAAGAUAGGAAGGUCAAGCUGCAAUCUAGCUUGGAUGCUGUGAAGAGCUCACUGACUACCCUGAGUACAAGAGCAGAGGUUGUCUCAGAGAAAGUCAACAAGGUGUUUGGCCUGGCCAUUGAUGCUGCAAAGCAGAGACAGCAGUCCCUGAUAGGUGACAUUGACAAAGACCACUGGGCUAAGCAGAAAGUCCUGGAGGAUCAACAACAACAGCUUGAGUGUGCUCUGGAAGCAGAUGAGCAGGUGGACGCCUUGAUCAAUCGCUGCGAGAAUGAUUUAGAUUUCCUACGAAUGGCGGGCUGGCUGAAAAGGAUUCAAGGCGAAAUUGGGUCUUGCCUGCAGAAGAAUUCUGAACCCGCCACAUCUGGCUAUGUUGUAUUCAUGGAAAGCCAUGUAGCCGAGUUGCAGGUGUUGGCAUCAAAGGCUGGCACAAUCCUGGACACUGGCAUUGAUAUCUCCAAGAGCACAAUGACAUGCCCAGAAAGUAUUUAUCCGCCUGACGACCUCAACAUAGCAGUUAGGGCAGUGAACCAGGAUGGCGAACCCAUGGGCAGUGCUCUUGCAGCUGAAAUGCAAUUCGAAGUGUCAGUGAAACCUGAUGAGGGAGAUGCUGUUGCCUGUAAGAUAGAACCUGGAUCAUCUGCGGACGAGCUGAAAGCCAGCCUGAAGAACCCAGCGCCGGGAACAUAUCAUGUGUCGGUCACAAUGGGGCACAGACAUCUUCAAGGUAGUCCGAUGAAGGUUGACGUUGCUGAUAAAGUCGACACUCCUGGUUUCAACCCUAAUCAGCGUGGCAACUACAUCCAAUUAUCAAACAACAACCAAACUGUCCAAAUGGCAACAGCAGGACAUAACCAGAGCGUAUGCAGCAUGAAGUCUGGGUCAAAGGGCCAGCUCUUCUUCAAAGUCCGCAUUGACCAAAUGCAAAGCAGCUACACUCCGAUUCAUUUGUCAGUGUCCUGCAAGAACCCACCUAACGUAAAUGCCCAUGAUGCAACAGGUGCCUAUGGUUGGCGUCUAUACAGUCCGAACAGUGGAUACGGUGGUGGACUGAGCCCUACCAUGCAACAAGGUGAUGUGGUGACUGUGAUGCUGGACUGUAAUCGUUCUACGGUUACGUUCACCCUGGAGCGUACGGGUCAGAGCCAGAUCAUUCGCAACCUCACCGCCGGCACUUACUACCUCUAUCUGUGCCUGAAUAAUAGCGGCAGUGGAUAUACACCCCAAGUCACUCUAUGCUGA